AUGGUGUAUAGUUUUACGAUAUUUAUAUGGAAUCCAGCUAUUCGAAAAUACAAAACUGUUCAAAAGCCUGAUCAUUACGUAUCAAUGCUAUAUGGGUACGAAUCAACGUUGUAUGGGUUCGUGUAUGAUUCUAGUUGUGAUGAUUAUAAGAUAAUUGCUAUAUUUGAGAUUAAUGCAAAAGAUAGUCAUUAUAUUGUUGGAAUAUACUCUGUGAAUAAUGAGUCUUGGAAAAAGAUUGACUCUGUUCCUGCUGGUUAUCGUUUGUUUGACGAGAAUCCAGUUUCAUUAGAUGGUACGAUUAACAUGAUGGCGACUAGAUCAAGUCAAGAAAAUGGUAAUAGUGUAUUUGAUAAGUUUGUGAUUAUAUCUUUGUUCGUGGCUGAUGAGAAAUUUGUUGUAACGCCCGUCCCAUUGCAAUAUCAUGGGAAUCGUAUGAAAUUGUAUAAUUUUGCUAAUCGUCUCUAUCUUUCCGUGUUUGUUGAGAUGGAUUUUUUGAUGUGUUCCCUCGAGAAAGAUGGAGAACGAUGGACAUGGACUAAUGUCAUGAAAAUUCCAAUUUUACCCUCAUUCUUUGGAAUUGGGGAGAACAAAGAAUGGUAUUUGGAUGAUAUAAUAUGUUUGAAGGAAAACAAGAAUAUCUUGUGGAGGAAAACAAAUGGUGAUUUUUUGGAGUACAAUGUGUGGAAACAAGAAGUGAAUGAGAUUAUGUUGAAUCUAAUUUCGCCUGCUACUGAUUCAUCCAUCUUGUUCGCGGGAAGUUUAGCUAACUUGAGAAUUCCGUGGGACUAG